AGUACUCCAUACAUGUACCGCAAGUUUGAUGUGAUGGGGAAUCUUCUUUUUGCAUAGUGCCAAAGUUAGAAGUUUUGUGGGAAGUGAAAAGGGCGAAGUAAAACUUGAAGACUGCAGCGACACUCGCCUUUCAGAUGCAAGUUGGGAACUGUCCAUCUCGUCCCUCAGUCAUCUGCUCGUCUUCAACCCAACAACCCCUCUUGCUCAUGUGAGCUUCCCGAAUUGCUACGCUACACUAGCUCCCUCCCUCAUGCUCCAUGCCUCCCUCAACCUUCCUCUGCCUGCUGCUGGCCGCCGCGCCCCUACUCGCGCCGGCCGGCCGCGUCCACGCGCAGGGCGGCUUCUUCCCCACGCCGGCAUCCACUAAAGUGUCCACCAGCUGGACCAUCAGCCUGAAGGCGGACGGCCAUGGCGCGCAGCAGCACUUCGGCUACAUGGACGGCAUGUCGGUGAGCGUCUUCCUCCUCCAGUCCGUCCACGGUCCGACGCAGGAAGGCCUCUGCUUCGCCGCGUGCUUCUACUGCACCGACCCAUGCACAGAUUUCUACUUCGGCGUCUGCAUCCUCCAAGUCGACAGCAGCGGUUUCCUCAGCUGGCCGAACGCCGGCACCCUGCAGGUCGUCUGGUCCGCGAACCGGGACCGCGCCGUCCGUGAGAACGCCACCCUCAGCUUCACGGCCAGCGGCGACCUCCUGCUCCGGGACACCCAUGGGAGCUUCGUCUGGUCCACGAACACCUCAAACCAGUCCGUUGCCGGUAUGACCGUCACCAAGUCCGGCAACCUGGUGCUCUUCGACGGCAAGAACUUGCCGGUGUGGCAGUCCUUCAGCCACCCGACAGAUUGCCUGCUCCCGGGCCAGCAAUUGGUGGAGGGGAUGAGGUUAACGCCGAAUGCCUCCGCCACCAACUGGACGAGCAACAGUCAGCUGUAUGUUACUGUCCGUGCUGAUGGUUUAUAUGCAUUGGUUGAAUCUUCGCCUCCUCAACUUUACUACCAAAAGACGGUGCCCAAAUCCGGAAACAGGAAAACUUACAUGACCCUGACAAAUGACUCCGUGGCGAUCUUCACAUCCUCCUCCUCUGACAAUGUAUCAACUCUAGAGACGGGCAGCACGAUCAACAUAACAGCAGGAGGAAUGGGGUACAUAAGGCUUGAAUCUGACGGACACCUGAAGUUGUAUAAGCAUAAAGGAAUAGACGGAUGGGUGAUGGUGCAGGAUAUUCUGAAGGGGCAGGUAGAUGAUUGUGCUUACCCGACCGUCUGCGGUGAGUACGGCAUAUGCAACAAUGGGCAGUGUACAUGCCCGAUUGUCAACAGCUCUACAUACUUCAAGCAGAUUGAUGACCGCAGGAUCAACCUCGGAUGUGCACCGGUGACUCCAAUUUCUUGUGCGUCGAUGCAAGACCACCAGCUCCUUGCUCUAAGUAAUGCUUCUUACUUCAAUUAUGUAGAUUCAAGGGCCGCUUUGCCUCAGAUGAUUGAUGAAGAGAGUUGCAAGAAGGCCUGCUUGCAGAACUGCUCCUGCAAGGCUGCAUUCUUUCAGUACGGUGGUAAUGACACUUCUCAAGGCUCAUGUUACCUUCCAACACAAAUCUUUUCGUUGCAAGUAAACCAGUGGGAAGUAACUCAUUAUAGUUCUUCUGCAUACCUUAAGGUGCAGAUCACACAGCCACCCCCAAGUCCUAGUCCCUCGAAAUCGAAUGGUACAGCAAAUAGGUCGACACCCAAAGGAAGUACAAGUAUUACUGCAGGCGCAAUUGCUGGCUUCACAGUAGCAGGAGUCGUCUCUUUACUAUCUGUGAUCAUCAUUACAUUAGUGAUCCUUCGGAGGCGAUAUCAGCUUAGAGAUGAUGAGGACGAGUUUGGAGAAGUACCAGGUAUGACUACUAGGUACAAAUUUGAACAGUUGAAAGUAGCAACCGAACAAUUCAGCAAAUUGCUUGGGAAAGGAGGAUUUGGGUCUGUUUUUGAGGGGCAGGUAGGCGAACAGAAAGUUGCUGUAAAACAGCUGGAUCAAGCUGGUCAAGGAAAGAAGGAAUUCUUGGCAGAAGUUGAGACAAUUGGAAACAUUCAUCACAUAAAUCUGGUGAGAUUGAUCGGCUUCUGCGCGGAGAAAUCUCACAGACUCCUAGUGUAUGAAUAUAUGUCCAAAGGAUCAUUGGACCAGUGGAUCUAUUUCCAAGAUGCAAAUAGGCCUCUGGAUUGGCAUACACGAUGCAGGAUUAUCACUGAUAUUGCCAAGGGCCUAGCUUAUCUUCAUGAAGAGUGCAGGCAACGAAUUGCUCAUUUGGAUAUCAAACCACAAAAUAUCCUCUUAGAUGACAACUUCAAUGCAAAACUUUCUGAUUUUGGACUAUCUAAGAUGAUUGACAGGGAUAAGAGCCAAGUGAUUACAAGAAUGAGAGGCACACCUGGAUAUUUAGCUCCUGAGUGGUUGACAUCACAAAUCACUGAGAAAGCCGACAUAUACAGCUUUGGUGUAGUAGUCAUGGAAAUUAUCAGUGGGAGAAAGAAUCUUGAUUAUUCCCAACCCCAAGAAAGCAUUCAUCUCAUUAGCAUAUUGCAGGACAAGGUAAGAAAUGAUCAAUUGGAAGAUUUGAUUGGUAUGAAUGGCAAUGAAAUGCAAAUUCACAAAGAAGAAAUGAUCCAGAUGAUGAAGCUCGCCAUGUGGUGUUUGCAGAUUGAUUACAACAAGAGGCCUCAAAUGUCGGUUGUUGUCAAAGUACUGGAAGGUACAAUGAAUGUGGAAACUAAUAUAGAAUUCAACUUUGUAGCUACGGUUCCAGGCAACCUUGGCAAUGAUGGGAAGUUGGCUUCAUCUGCUCCACUUCUAGCCUCUCAUUUAUCAGGUCCUAGGUGAAAUGAACCUAUUCUGAGUAAAGAUCACGCAUAGAAUAUUUGUAUACCAAGAAUCAACCAUGUUACAAAAAAUUGUAUAUUCUGAUGUACGCAAAUAUUUCCCAGUAGUCUUCUCACAUGAAUAUCAAAAUACCAUUAAGUUUUUUUUAUAUGGACCA